CUACCCGUUGCCAUCUCUACGGCGCAUAUGCAACGUUACUCUUUUCUAAAACAGUUUGUUUCGGAUAUUUUAAAAAUAAAGAAAGAAAAAAAAAAGUCUUUCAAACCCCCUGAACUGAAGGCCGAGAGAUUUUGCAGAUCAAGUCAUCCUAGUAACACCGGAGAUGGAUCGGCAAGCUCACGAUUACGCCGCGGCGUCUGCCAUGGCCUAUGCCCAGCAGCAGCGUCAGGCUGCUGCUGCGGCGAAUCCGCAGCAGCAGCAGCAACAGCAAGGGUUCGGAUACCCUCCGCAGCAGUUCCAUGCCCCAACCCCUCCUUUCAUUCCCCCGCACCCGUCGAUGCAGCAAUUUCCUUACCAAGUCCAUCCCCACGCGCCGCCGCAAGUUCAUCCCCACGCGCCAUCACCGCAUCCGCACCUCCAUCAUCUCCAACAGCAGCCCCCGUCGGCUUAUCCUCCCCACCUGGGCCCUCCGCUUGUGCCUCCGCCUUUUCAUGUUCCUUACGAUGCCGGUGCGGGGGCACCGCCGCCACCACCGGCUGCUCCGCCUUCAGACCCCGAGCUUCACAAGCGAGUCGAUAAAUUGGCCGAGUAUGCGGCAAAGAAUGGGCCUGAAUUUGAAGCCAUGAUACGGGAAAAGCAGCAAGAUAAUCCUGAUUAUGGGUUCCUGUUUGGAGGGGACGGCCAUGGUUACUACCGUUAUAAGCUUUGGCUAUCUACAAGAGGCCCAGGCGGGUCAUUCAAUUCGCCGUUUCCUCCCUCGUCUAUACAUAUGAUGCGUCCUCCUCCAAAUCCCAUGUUGAGCCCGUCUCAUUUGAGUGCACCUCCUCCAAUAAUGGGUGGCCCCCAAAUGCAUCAACCACCGUAUUUCUAUGAGCAUCAACAUCCUCAGCCUUUUGGGUCUUACGGUAGACCAGACUAUGAUCAGUCUUCCAAGGCUUUCAAAGGACUUUCGGGUCCGCUACCUUCCGAUGUUGCGGUGGAGUUAAGUAAUGUGCUUAUUACUCUUAAUGGUACCAAAGAGUCUAUCAAAGGUGCCAAGUUUUGGUUCAUGCAGAGGUCUAUAUUUGCACCGGCUUUGGCUGAGGCUCUUAGAGACAGGGUAUUUUCUGUGGAUGAUUCCGAAAGGCAAUUGCAUAUAAUAUACCUUGCGAACGACAUUCUUUUUGAAAGUGUGCACCGAAGAACUGGUGAUGAACUUGAUAACGAAGCCCUUGCAUUCAAGCCUGUCUUAGGUUCCAUGCUUGCCAGGAUCUUCCAUAAUCCUCAAAUCAAAGAGGAAAACCAGUCAAAGUUACAACAGCUUUUACAGUUAUGGGCAUCCAAUAACAUUUAUGAUCAAGAUGCUAUUAGUGCACUACGGAAUGAUAUGAUUGGUGGAGAGUCGGCCAAUUCUUUUGCUGGACCCUCAACUGCUGCAUCGGCAGAUUUAGCUUCUGGACAACAGACGGCAAACCAUAACUUGUCGCAAUGGCAGCCUGAACGGCCAGGUUCUGUUACUGGUUCAGGAGACCAAGAGCACGAUAAACAUGCAGCUCCUGGUCAAAGCAUGCCAUCAUUGGUUGCAUCCCAGCAAUUUCUUCCAAAUUCAGUGACUCCUAGUGCUUUUGCAGGCUCCAUCUCCAUACCCGCUUCUAUUCAAACAGCAAGUCAACAACCUGCACCCCAUUUAGUACCAGGCCAAACUAUUAACAGCGGUGAAAAGGUGCCGCCAUAUCCUUUGUUCCCACCUGGUCUAAUUCCGGGAAUGGUCAGAAAGAUGCAGAUUGGCAGUGGAGUGCCUUACUCUUCUAUGAGUCCUUUGGACAUCCCUACUGUCAUACCUCCAUCCAGUAUAACACAAUCAGAAGUUCUUGAAAGAGUGUCCAAAUUCUUUAAAGAGAUUGGUGAAGUUAACCCUUCUGAAGGGCCCAUUAAAUCUGAUGCUGGAGAUGAUGAUGAUGAGUAUGAGAGAGAAUAUGAAAGAGAAACUCCUUCACGGAAGGGAGGGGCUUGCAUCCCCCCACCGCCAAACCUGCAGGUGGACCCUGAGACAGGGACAUAUGUCGAUGGAAGUGUGGAUCGUAAACCUGGAUUUGGUAGCUCUGGAAGGUUGGGGCUCGGAGCCACAGCUAAUCCUAAUGAAGUAAGCCAAUACGAUGAUGUUUAUACUUCUUACAGGAAACAGAGAAGCACCAAUUACCAUUCAUCCAUGAGUGCAAGAACUGCGGCAAGGUAAAAACCAGCUCUGAAUGGAGGGUGGUGACAGGUCAACUUAUUUGAUUGUCAUUUUUUCCUUGUUUUCUUUUUUCGGUACGUGGAAUUCAGCUUGCGACAUACAUGUGUAGGAAAAACAUCAAGAUUGGCUCCUUUGGGGUUGUAGUUGUACCCUUUUGGAGUUUUGAUUUAGAUUCAUGUUUUCUGUUCUUUGACCCCAAUUUAGAUUCAUCUGUUGAUUGGCAUACAAAAAAAUGACUCUAUGGGAGCUUUAACAUAUCUUGUCUGGAUUCCGGACUAACAAAAUCGGAAGUUCUAUGAUCAUGCAAAGUUUCUUUCAUUAUAGUUAAACAUUUUAGAGUCCACUUCAUUCCCUACAUUUUAUUUAGUUGUAUUGAAUAUUGAUCAAAAUUUAAAUUUAUGUAUGGAUUCUGUCUUGGUCCUGUUAGGAAUAACAGUCAGUUAUGUCA